AUGACGCGCAUCUCAACAUCAGCCCUCUUCGCGCUCGGUCUGGUGCUCGUAGCACUCUGCGCAGACCCGGCAUUGGCACAGCAAGGUGCUCCUCCAUACACGACCGACAACGGGCAAUCGGCGUGUGUCCAGUACGGCUCUUGCUCAACAGCUGGCGGAAACGGCGUCGUCACGGCGUCUCAAAACGCACCCGUCACGAAACCUGCAGGCACACCGGCGCUGGCAACUUACACUACGCUCGACUCGAGUUACCUUUCGUCGCUGGCAGCUGCUGGCGCAAGUGCAGCGUACACUGGAGGCAGCGUGAACAGUGCACGCCCUGUUACUAGGACCAGCACGGUAGGCGGCUCGGCAAGUACGCGUGGCAGUGGAAGUGGUGGAAGCAGCGCAAGCAGCGGAAGCGGUGGAAGCGGUGGAAGCAGCUCGACGGGCCUCGGCUCGCUGGGCAGCUCGAGUGGCGACAAUGCCAUGUCGUUGAACGGCGCACUGGUGCAAUGGUUCGCUUUGAGCUCGGCAGCGGUUGUCGGUGCAGCCCUGCUUCUCUAG